AUGGCGGAGGAAAACAGUGACGUCGAGAAGUUGACAGCGCGGUGGGAGGGUUUUGAUUUGGAGGAUGAACAGGAUGAGUUUGUGCCGGUAGGGGAAGGAGUCGGUGCACUCCAGGUGGAUGACGAGGAGACGUGGGAUGUUGUCGGCAGGUUCCUAACUACGAAGCUGGUUAAAUUGGAGUUCAUGAAGCAGGUUAUGGCAUCCGUAUGGCAACCGGUGAGGGGGGUGCAGGUUACGGAGAUUCAACCGGGACUUUUCUUGUUUGUCUUUUAUCAUAAGACGGACAUAGACUACGUCUUGGAUGGGGGUCCAUGGGGUUUCGAGAAUAAUACCUUGGUAUGCCGGGAGGUGGUGGCCGGAGCGGUGCCGGGGGAGGUCGAGCUGAAUUCAAUUGAUAUAUGGGUUCAGUUGCAUGGAUUGCCGAUGGGAUAUACGUCGGAUACAGUACUUGAGCAGGUUGGGAACUUUAUAGGCAAGUUUGUGAAACAUGAUGAGAGGUUCGCGGGGGCACCAUGGCUCACGUUCUACCGAAUCCGUGUGUCUAUUGUGGUAGGGAAGCCGUUGAGGCGUGGCAUGAAGUUGGUGAAACGAGAUAAGUCGGUAAGUUGGAUAACUUUUCAGUAUGAACGUCUGCACAAACACUGUUCGUUUUGUGGGAUGUUGGGUCAUGUUCACAUGUUCUGUCUGAAAGCACGUGAGAGGCCGACACCGGUUGAGAAGCACCCGUUUGUAGGGUUACGGGCGGGAGGAAGUAGGGGAGCGCCGAGGGCGGUGGGAGAAAAUUGGCUAGUGCCGGUUGGGGGGAAACCGAAACCUAAGGUGAGGGAGGAGGUGGGGGAGGGUGUGGAUGGUGGCGGUGCAGGGGGGCGGGAAGAGGGGGAGAUAACAGAGGGUAGUAUGGGGGUUGGGGAGAGGGUGGAGGGAGUGGUGGCAACUGUCAAGCGCCGCCGAGGGGCUGAGGGUGAAGGAGAGGAUGUGGCUAUGACCGAUGUGUCAAAAAACUUGCGACCGGCGGGAACUGGAGCCCAGUCCCGCCCAUCAUCAUGA